AUGGGUGCUAAUUUGAAUCCUGAAUUGUCUAAGAAGAUUGUUUUUGGUGUAAAGGUUUGGGAAGUGAUUGCAAUUGUUGUUGCUUUGCCAAUUAUAGUGAUUCUGUUUGUGGUUUCAAUUUGUCUUAGUUCAAGGAAGAAAUCUAGGAGAGCUAGAAACAAUAUUCAUGUUACUGAGAUACCGAAUGUGUCGAAAGAAAUUAAGGAAGUUAGGGUUGAGCAAGUGUCGACGAAUGGAUUUGCGCCGCGAGAUGGAAUACUUUUAACCAUUCAUGAUAAGUCUAGUGAUAAGGAAUCUGAUAAGGUUAUGGUUCAUUUAGAUUUAGGGAAGAAGAUGAAGAAUGGUGAUAGUAGUAGUCAUUCGGAGUCGUUUCAUCAAUUCAUGGAGAAAGAUGGUGCUCCUUCGCCUCUAUCUGGUCUUCCGGAAUUCUCACACCUAGGUUGGGGUCAUUGGUUUACUUUGAGGGAUCUUGAACUUGCUACAAGCCGUUUCGCGAAAGAAAAUGUUCUCAGUGAAGGGGGUUAUAGAGUGGUAUAUAAGGGACAUUUGAUCAAUGGGAGUCCAGUUGCAGUUAAAAAGAUACUCAAUAAUAUUGGUCAAGCAGAGAAAGAAUUUAGAGUAGAAGUUGAAGCUAUUGGCCAUGUCAGACACAAAAACUUGGUUCGCCUUUUGGGAUUCUGCGUCGAGGAUAUUAGUCUAGAGUAUGUCAAUAAUGGAAACUUGGAACAAUGGCUUCAUGGAGCUAUGCGUCACCAUGGCUAUCUUACGUGGGAAGCACGUGUCAAGGUUCUCCUUGGCACGGCCAAAGCGCUUGCGUAUUUGCACGAAGCAAUUGAGCCAAAGGUGGUACACCGAGAUAUCAAGUCGAGCAACAUAUUAAUCGACGAUGAUUUCAAUGCUAAGUAG